CCUGUUAAAAUGUAACUGUUUGAAAAUGGCCAGCGAACACACGGUGCAAAUAUUGGGGAUUUGUGCUGCGCUUUAAACAGGACUCCUGCUGUUUUGGGUAUGGUUGUACCACAAAGCGUUAUGACCGGGAGCUGUGCUGAAAAAAAAAACCAUUAAGCGAAGGAAAGAGGCUCUGCCAUGGCAGCAGGUGUCAGUCUGCUGAGUGACGUGACCUACUCCAACUCCAACAGCAGCAGCAGUGCAGGGAACAGUGCAGAGCACACCACUGACAUGGAGCCAGUGAGGAGGGACAUGCAGAAAGUCCUAAGGAGGAGGCGGAGGUUUAGCCCAGCUGUCCUGUUGUUGUCCUCUCAGAAGCUUGUGACAGCAGUCAGCAUGGCCCAGGAGCAGGCAGCAUUGAAUGGAUACGAAUAUUUCAGACCCAGUGUCAGGGUCCCCACAGCAAAGUACACCAAGGUGGGUGAGACCUUGAGGCAUGUAAUCCCGGGCCACAUGCAGUGCUCCAUGGCGUGUGGAGGACGAGCUUGCAAGUAUGAAAACCCAUCUCGCUGGAGUGAUGAAGAACAGGCCAUCAAGGGACUUUACUCCUCUUGGAUCACAGACAACUUAUUAGCCAUGGCAAGGCCUUCCACUGAGAUUAUUGAAAAAUACAGCAUCAUCAACCAGUUUUUGGGAUGCGGACUAAAGACCAUAAUUAACCUGCAGCGCCCAGGAGAACAUGCCAGCUGUGGCUAUCCCCUGGAGCCAGAGAGUGGAUUCACCUACCGCCCAGAGGUCUUCAUGGAGGCAGGGAUCUAUUUCUACAACUUUGGAUGGAAAGACUAUGGGGUAGCCUCCCUUACAACAAUCCUAGACAUGGUGAAGGUCAUGUCUUUUGCUGUGCAGGAGGGGAAGAUGGCCAUUCACUGUCAUGCCGGGCUUGGAAGAACAGGUGUUCUCUUGGCCUGCUAUUUAGUGUUCACUUCACGGAUGAGUGCAGACCAAGCCAUCUUGUUUGUGCGGGCAAAGCGUCCAAGCUCAAUACAGACACGAGGCCAGUUACUGUGUGUGCGUGAGUUUGCACGUUUUGUAGCACCGCUGCACUGUGUGUUCUCAAGUGUCGAACCACGGGCACAUGCUGUCACACUGUCCCAGUACCUGACACGUCAGCGAUACCUGCUGCAUGGCUAUGAGGCUCGCCACAUGAAGCACGUGCCAAAGAUAGUCCACCUGGUCUGCAGGCUCCUGCUAGACAUUGCUGAGAACAGACACACAGCAGAGGAAAAAUACCUGUCUGAGAUCCCUGACCUGACAGCUGAGGUAGAGAAGACCAUAUCGCAGCAGGCCUUGCAGCAGCUAGGAAAGGAGAUGAGGGGGAAGGGCAUCCUUUUGACCUUGCCACACUCCUUGCAAUCCUCCACUCCCCCUCCUGAGCAAUUUGAGAAUGUAAAUGAUGUUAAUAAAGCUCAGAUUUUCCGCAGCUUCAGUGACUCUGUUCUGCACACUUUGGGCUCUAGGUCCAAGGGAUUCGGAUGGCAUUCAGGCGUGUCAAAUCUCCUGAGUGAUCACUGUGUAUCUCAGAGCAGGUUAGCAGAAUCUCCAGAUGUUCAGGUCUCCAGACAACUGCUGACUCCUGAAAACUGUAUUAUGUCCAAACCCGACUCUCUAGCUGGAUCCUCAGCCUCCCUUGACGAACCCAAGAAAGAGGUGGAACACAUGCCUCCCUCACCAGUUUGCAGGAAGCGGAUACCAUUGAGUGAGACAAAGCGCAGCAGGUCUUUUGGGUUUUCGAGAAGUAGCGCAGCCAUAAUGCCCAGGUUGCCAACAAAAGAAAAGUUAAACCAGGGUAUUAGAAAACCAGUAAGAUGUCAUGGCACUUGUACAGGAAGCAGCGAUGUUCCUUUCCUCUUGCUCCAGACUGAGCUUUCUCCAGAGGUUCGCCAUGUGCUGGUGGCUAGGGCUCUCAUGAUGGAUGUAGAAGAGGAGAAUCUAAGGAAUGCCAUUUCAAUGUGGCAGACAGACUUAAAUUGCAGAGAAGGGGCGUGGGAGAGGCUGUGCAUAGAGCGCAAUCCACUGCUGCUCUCUGCUCUCAUGUGGUCAUGGUUGGAGCAGCUGAAGGAGCCGGUCAUCACCAAAGAGGAUGUGGAGGCACUAAGUCAGAACAGCCACAAUCCUCUGCAAGCCCUCAGCAUCAUGGACAAGGGCCACAAACAAACCCUUCUGUGUAUCCUGGACUGUGCUGCACAUUUAAUGAAAUUACCAGAGGAAGUUGAAAUGUCUGUUCUUCAUCGUACAAUCAAAGCAUUCACUAGGGUUACCAAUGAUUCAGAGAAUGGACAGCUGAUCUAUAAAGCUCUUAUGGAAAUUCUAGUCCCAGUUCUGAGUGAUAUGAGAAGAAAAGCGAUAGAAGUAAUACAGAGUUGAGUGUCUGUGCCACUACCCAUAAUCACCUUGGUCAUUGUGGCUAGAUACAUACUGCACUAAUAUUUUUGAAAGAACUAUUGUAUUUCUUCUAUGAAGUGUUGGUGUCAGCAGGCUAGAUGUUCUUAAAUGGUGCUUUGUUGUCAUUUUUAUUCUUUAAAUUAAUGUAAUUUAUUGUCUCAUAAUGCACACAUCAGAUUGGCUGAUUAGUUUUUUUUUUGCUUGUUUUUUUUUUUUUUUUUUUAAAUACUGCCAUAUAUGUGUGUGCCACAUUGUUCUCAAAGUUGUCAUAAUUACUCAAUAUGAUGAAGCAUUUUGGUAUCUUAUGUUUAUUAUCCAACUAACAGCACUAUUUAUUAAGAAAUAUCUAAUUGUUUAGGUAUGAGUAAUGUUUUACAAAAAUAAUUAUCACACUGUCACAAUAUUGUUUGCCUCUUGUUUUUUUUAAAUGUACCUCCACUUUUUAACAUAAAAACCAAAUACAUUGACUGUGCAACAUAUUUUAUUAAAUAUUUGUAUGAUAUGUAUAGUAAAGCAAUUUUGUUAGGACAAAAAUAAGAAAACAAAGACCAAUUCGAGGUUUGCUCUGUUAAAUGUGAUAACUUGUAGCAAAUGUAUGCUGUAUAUUCAUGCAAAUCCUGUUAGAGUAUAUGGCCAGAAGUAUGUGCACACCUGACCAUCACAGCUAUAUGAGCUUGUUGGACAUAAUAUUCCAAAACCAUGGGCAUUAAUAUGGAUUUGUCAUCUCCCGUUGGGGCUGUAACAGCCUCCACUCUUCUGGGAAGGCUUUUAUAAGAUUUUGGAGUGUGUCUGUGGAAAAUCAUUCCCCAUCAGUCAAAAGAGCAUUUGUGAGAUCAGGCACUGAUGUUGGACAAGAAGGCCUUGACUUUCUAAUUAAUUCCAAAGGUAUUCAUUGGGGUUGCGGUCUGCUCUGUGCAGGUCACUGGACUUCCUCCACAGCAGACUCUUCAAACCUGUCUUAAUGGACCUCGCUUUGUGCAUGGGGCACAGGCAAGCUGAAACAGGAAAGGGCCUUCCCCAGACUGUUACCACAAAGCUGGAAUCAUACAAUUGCCUAAAAUGUCUUUGUAACUAAGUGGCCUAGCCCAAACCCUGAAAAACAGCCUCAGACUUUUAUCCCUCCUCCACCAAAAUUUACUGUUGGCACUAUGCAUUCUGGUAGGUAUUGUUCUCUUGGCAUCUGCCAAACCCAGAUGCUUCGAUCAGACUGCCAGAUAGCAAAGCGUGAUUCAUCACUCCAGAGAACAUGUUUCCAGUGCUCCAGAUUCCAGUGGCAGUGUGUUUUACACCACUCCAGCCAAGGCUUGGCAUUGCACAUAGUGAGCUUAGGUUUGUGUGCAGCUUCAUGGCCAUGGAAUCCCAUUUUAUUGUGCUGAUGUUGCUUCCAGAGGCAAAUUGGAACUCUGUAGUGAGUAAUGCAACAGAGGAUACAGCACUUGGCAACCCUGCUAUAUGAGUUUGCAUAGUCUACAGCUUCGUGGCUGAGUUGUUGUUGCUCCUUGACACUUACAUUUCACAAUAAUAACACUUACAGUUGACAGGGAAGAUCUACCAGGGCAAAAAUUUCAGGAACUGAUUUGUGGCCAAGGUGGCAUCUUAUGACGGGGCUAUGUGUAAAUUCAUCGAGCUCUUCAGUGCAACCCAUUCUACUGCCAGUGUUUGUGGAGAUUGCAUGGCUAUGUGCUUGAUUUUAUGAACCUGUUAGCAAUGGGUAUGGCUGAAACACCUGAAGUCAAUAAUUAGGAGGGGUGUCCACAUACUUUCUGCCAUACAAUGUAGGUAUUUCAGCACAACUGACAUCUAACAAGUGUGUACAAGCUUUUGCGUAAUGUCCACUGCCUCAUUUUAACGGCAUUAUUUUCUACUAAGCUGCUGUUUUGUAAAUGGUCGACACUGUCUGUUGACAAAAAGCACUGUAGCUAACUAAAGUUUAAACUUUAACCUCAUUCUCUUAUUGAAUGUAUAUGAAAUUUUAAGUGAACAUUAACUUGAACUAGUGGGAAAUUGUAAAAAGCAUCUGAGCAUAUUGAGGAUUUUAAGGCACUUUUUGUUCUUAUCUACAUGCCAGUAAAAUAAACUUUAAUAAAAUGA